GGGAAAGAAAACCGCACAGUUGAGAACGGAAUAGUCCCGCCUCUGCGUUGUUCUCAUUGGACCGCAAACAGAGUUUCAUAAACACUGCUUGAUAUUAUUGGGUAUUUGGGUUGUCAGUUAGACGUGUGAGAGCGGCAGGCUGCAAGAUGCGCUUCUGCACUGAUGCAUAGUUUUAUCCAUGAUGCCUGUACACAGGGACGGUUGGAAGAUCACUACCUUCACUCAACCAACUCGAGCAGAGCUGCACAUAGAGACUCUGACAGGGACUUGCUUUCAGCUGCGGGUCUCCACAUUUGAGACGGUCCUUUCAGUCAAAGCCAAGAUUCAGAGACUAGAAGGCAUUCCUGUCGCUCAGCAGCACUUGAUCUGGAACAGUUUGGAACUUGACAAUGAGUACUGCUUACAUGACUACAGCAUCACGGAAGGCUGCACUCUCAAGCUGGUCCUUGCCAUGAGGGGUGGGCCAAUCAACACUAGACGAGUGACCAUGUGUGACUCAAUAAAGGAAGCACCUGACAGUUUGGACUCAAAGAAGGAUGAGCUGUGGGAAAAGUCUCUUACUAAUAAAGAAGCCACGUUUCUUUUAUACCAAAAGGGCGACCAGCUUAACAUUUUCCGGGUGGUGGACCGUGGAGAUGGAACCCUAACACCGGUGUCUAAGACACGGAGUGGUUUUAUUCACAACGUGUACACUGAGGAAGAAGAGGAAAGUGUUGUCAUUUCCUCUGGUCAGCUGGCAUUGGAGAAUUCAAUCACCAUGAACAAGAUGAAGCUGCUCAAAGCCAAGAUGGAGAAUAUGAACCUCAGCAAAAAGCCCAAGAAGCCCGGCAAGUUGAAAGUCAGACCCCCAGUUGCCCCACGGCCCUGCAGUGGCUCACUCAGUUCUGCCCGGCACCACCGUACGUUUCGGGUCCUUCCUCAGAUCAGCCAUACCUCUGCGAACGCUUCAAAGCAGCAGCAGCCUGCUCCAUCAUCCUCAGUUACUGUCCCUCUUACGUCCUGCCUGAGUCCCAUCUCUUGCACAGCUGUUCCCUCAGGGACAGCCUCUGGCAUGUCCAUGCUUCAGAAGGAGAAGCCAUGCAGUAAUCCCACUUCUAGGAAUACAAAGUUGCCAUUUGAAGUAUCAAGAGUGGAAAUGGAUGGGUCUAAACUGAAAAGAGACUCUUUGUACUCAUCGAUCUCCGUUCUAUCUGGAUUAGGAACUGAAGACAAGGUGGAAUUACAGAAUGAUCAAGUAGCAAUGCUGGAGGAUAAAGUUGUGAUGGAUUCCCCCAAACCCUUUCCGUUUAACAGCCUGCUUCCAGAGCCGCUUAGUCUGGAUGUUUCUGCUCAGCAGGAGGCCAGCCUGGACACUUUAGGAGCUGUGGCCGAGCCCAUGACUGUAGUUCCACUGCUGUCCCAAGCUGUCAGUUCAGACUCUAUCAACACAUGGUCUAUAAGCACUAAAAUACCCCAGCCUGACCUACAAACUCCUACACAUGUGCCUCAGCCUUUCUCAGAGUUCACCGAAAAAAUCUCUUGCCUUUUCCGCUCUAGGGAAGGACCUCCCAUUCGUCCCCGCUCGCCCCUUCAGACACCCCCUUUCUUUGGCAUCAGCGUAGACUCUUUAGGCAGGCAGCCAGGCGUCUCCAGGUGUGAGGCACAGGAUGUUACCAUGCCAGUCCGCAAGGCUUCCGAUGAGCUAUUGGGCUCCAUGAGUAAUACUGAUACGUUGGCAUCGCUAGCUGCUUCUGGAGGUCGGGAGAGACUGACUGGUCCAUGCGGGUUGGGCAGUAAUGCAUCCAACAUCCAUCUACUGCAAAAAUUAACUCCCCUGCAGAGAGCAGCUGUGUACACGCCAUCAGGGAUCCUGGAUUCAUCGAGUGGACCUUCCAGUUCAUUAAAGAGACUAUGCUCUCCAGCGUAUCACCUCCCUCCUGUAAAGGCCCCUCUCUGCUCAAAGAAGAAGACUUCAAAGCACUGCUUCCUAUGUGGAAAGAAGACCGGGCUAGCCACCAGCUACCAAUGCAGGUGUGGCAACAACUUCUGCUCCAUGCACCGCUAUGCAGAGACCCACGACUGCACUUACGACUACAAAAGCGUAGGCCGCCGUUUCCUACAGAAGUCUAAUCCCAUCAUCGGAGCACCAAAACUGCCCAAAAUCUGAAGGCACUGUGUGGUCAGGACGAAAUGAGAAUAAAAGAGAAAAUAAAAGAGCAAGUACUUGA